AGCUCCCCGUCCUCCAGACCCGCGAGCACUCACCGCCCGACCCCCUGACACGCGCCACAGCACCAUGAAGAGGCAAAACGUGAGGACCCUCGCCCUCAUCAUCUGCACCUUCACCUACCUGAUAGUCGGAGCCGCGAUCUUCGACGCGCUGGAGUCCCAGAAGGAGACGUCCCAGAUUGGGGAGCUGGUCCGGAGGAAAGUGGAUCUGUUGAGGACCUUCAACCUGUCCGUGGAGGACUUUGACGAGCUGGAGAAAGUGGUGCUGGAGCUGAAGCCGCACAAAGCCGGGGUGCAGUGGAAAUUCGCCGGAUCCUUUUAUUUCGCCAUCACUGUGAUCACCACCAUAGGAUAUGGACAUGCAGCCCCCAGCACAGAUGGAGGGAAGGUGUUCUGCAUGCUCUACGCCCUCCUGGGCAUCCCUCUCACCUUGGUGAUGUUCCAGAGCGUAGGUGAACGGAUCAACACCUUCGUCAGGUUCCUGCUGCACCGCCUGAAGAAGUGCAUCGGCAUGAGGCACACCGAGGUGUCCAUGGUCAACAUGGUGACCAUCGGCUCCAUAUCCUGCACAUGCACUCUGUGUGUGGGGGCCCUGGCCUUCUCGCACUUUGAAGGAUGGAGCUUCUUUCAUGCUUACUACUACUGCUUCAUCACGCUGACCACCAUAGGCUUCGGGGACUACGUGGCGCUGCAGAACGAGCAUGCGCUGCAGACCAAGCCGGAGUACGUAGCCUUCAGCUUCAUCUACAUCCUGACGGGCCUGGCUGUGAUCGGAGCCUUCCUCAACUUAGCCGUGCUGCGCUUCAUGACCAUGAACGCAGAGGACGAGAAGAGGGAUGCCGAGCAGAGGGCUCUCCUCGCUCAUAACGGUCAGGCAGGCGGACACAUACACUGCUCUGUAGACCAGGCCUCCGACUCCUCCACGCCCUUGGGCUGUGGAGGGAGCGGGGUUGGAGGAAGUGGUGGAGGGGCGGCGGGCCGGGGUCUACGUAAUGUUUACGCUGAAGUGCUCCACUUCCAAUCCAUGUGCUCCUGCCUUUGGUACAAAAGCAGAGAGAAGCUUCAAUACUCCAUGCCCAUGAUCAUACCGCGUGACCUCUCCACCUCGGACACCUACAUGGAGCAUGGCGAGGCGUUCUCCAACCCGCUGCACUCUAACGGCUGUGUGUGCAGCCUGCAGCGCCACUCAGGCAUCAGCUCAGUUUCCACUGGUCUGCACAGCAUCAACACUUACAGAAGACUCAAUAAACGCAGAAGCUCCAUCUAACCUCGUGGACUUUAUGUUUUUCUGAGGUUAAGUCCUUGAGGAGGAAACUGCUAACAUUAGCUGAGGACAUCCGAGGAAUACUCCAGUCCUCCAGGGACGCAGAACUCCCGAUGUUUGCUUCUUUCUGGCACUGAGAAGCCUCCAGACUCCAUGUUUUUGACUUCCAUUAGCUAAGCACAAACCAUCGAGCACUAACAUUAUUGUUGAUGGCACGGAGAAAUAAUGCUAAUAGUUGUUUAAGAAGCAUUCUCAACACACAAACUCUGAAACUGUUGCUGAGUGAAGACAGGGGGAAACACGUGUGCAGCUCUCUUCACUCGUGAAUUCUUAUAUUAAAAUAAUAUUGAAUUAAUUAUUUUCUUUGUUCAGGCGACAGAAUUUACUUUUCUAGUAUGAAAAGGGACAAAGUACACUGUGAGACACCUUUUUAAGAGGGAUUGUAUGUAUAAUUCCCCGCUAUGAAGAAAUAUUUGAAAUCCACUUUUUCCAAGAAAGGAAUCUUUGGUUGUAGGUAUUAUAAUAACUGCAGUGAAAUGAAAAUAUGUAUAUAUUUGGGCACUUCACUUGUAGGUAUUAUGGAGGAAAAGCUUAUUUUUUCAGUGAAAGAUUUCCAAAAUGUUCUCAGUGUCUUCUCCUGUGUGUCUGUUACUGAAGUUCAGGUUCAAGCCAAGCUUUUCUGUCUGUUUCAUGUUUUUCCCUUCCAUAUCGACAGCAUUUAAACGACGAUAGAGAAUGAUCGAGCAGGUUCAGCUUUAAAUGUUUUGUUAAUAGACGGGACACAUGUAGCUCUGUCUCUGACUACUAAAGGCCUCCCUGCCGACUCUUUCAGACCUCACCACUAUGAAUCUAUCGUUCAUAGUUCUUCCUGUACAUCAAACUAUUUGAUGUACCUGUUGCUCAUCAUACAGUAUGUUUUCAUAUAGCACAACUAUAUUCUGAUAGUUUGACCGUGUAAGCUCACAUUGUGCAUAGUAUAUAUAGAGUGAUAUCUUGUUCACUGCUGCACCUUAGAAUACUUUAGGGCAUUCUGUGCACUAUUUUAUUUUUUUAUUUAAUCCAAUCACUUCAUGUUUUGUUAUGUAAAUGACACGCUCUAAUUAAUUGUUUCAUUUGUUAUCAGUCCGAGAGGUUUGACUCGAUACUCUGCGUUGUUAAUGGUUGAGAAUAAUAGCAGUACACCUCACUUAUGAAGAUCUGAGUUUGCACCUCAUGCCCUUUGGGGGGUCUUCGCUCCACAUAAACAAACUCCAUUAACUGAGGUCUUUGUGCAGUGUUCAUUUGUGUUCUUGUUUUAUUUAUUUUUUCUUACAUAAUCAUUGUUUUAUACUUAAAAAUAUCUAAAUCUUUUAGACAUAUAACCUUCAUUUCAGUCACAUUUUCACCUUUAUCUUUUCUACUGGAAAAUUCUUAUUAACGUUGUUUAGCCUCUCAAAUGAACUGAAAGAGGGACUGGAGCUUUGUGUGGCUAUA